AUGAAAAUCUAGAUAGCUUCUAUAAUAUAUUUAGUAGUUACUAUUGGAUCUUGUGCCUAGAAAUCAAUUUUAUUUACAAGACAUGGGGCUCGAUCUCCUAAAGUUUAUACUGAAAUUGAUAAAAAUUAUUAUUGGAAUAUUAAACCAGAAGAUUUGACCUAAAUAGGAUUAUAAUAACAUAAACAAUUAGGGGAGAGUAAAGCUGGAAAUUAGAUUAUGGAUAAAAAUGGGAAUUGUAUCUAUGAAAACUUAGAAAUACAAGCCUCCACUGAUUAAAGGGUUGUGAUGUCUACAAUUGGAUUUUUAAAAGGUUUAUGCCCAAAUAAUUAUGUUGAGAUAAUAAAGAGAUUUUUUAUAGAAUAUUAUGCACAAUAUUCUACUAAUAUAGAAGCAUGGAAUUAAAUAAUGUAAUCUGAUUUCGCCAAUCCAUAUGAAUUAGAUCUUCAUUAUUUUGUAAAAGCUAAUGAUUUCUUGUUUCAUGGACAUUAACAAUCUGUAUGUCCAGCAAUUAAAAAUAUAAAGUAAUAAAUUUAAUCUAGUGAUUACUAUAAAUCAAAAGAAAAAUCAUUCAAAAGUAGAGUUGAAUUUGAUGAGGUAUUUUCCAUCAUACAAAGAGCUUAUCCAAGCAAAACUCUUGAUAAAAAGUCAAUUACUUUAAAUGAAAUUUAAGACAUCUUUGAUGAUUAUUCGUGUAAUACUGUGCAAGGAUUUAUAUUUCCAAAUCCAUCAGAAUCUGCUAUCAAAUAUAUGGAAGAAGUAGUUAUAUUUAUUAGAUAUUAUGAAGAUAAUAGUGAAUUAUUGGAAAAUUAUGCAUAGCUCUCUGAACCUUUUAAAUGGUUAAUUUCCUAGUUGUAUUCUACUUCUCCAUUUAGUUGGUAUUCAGGUCAUGAAUCUAAUUAGUUUGCUAUAUUAUCAGUGAUAUCUGAUAUCCAACCAAUCAUACCAUUUGCAUCUUAAUUAGAUUUUAUAGUAAAAAAUGAACUUGUUAUGGUUUACUUUAAUAAAAUUCAAAUUUAGACAAAAUUUUGUUAAGAUGGUUACUAUUGCACAAGAGAACAAACAGUUAAUUUUUUAACGUAAUAUAUACAUCCAGAUUUAAACACCCUUUGCAAUCUAAAAUGA